ACAAGUAUUGCCAGCCUGGACAACUUGGUUCAGCCAUAUUUUCAAGAAUAAGAAAAGUAAAACAAACCCCACCCCCUCCGAACUUUUGUAACUCUUUUUGGCGAUUUCACCAACAAAUUACCAUUGCAGUAAUUUAUGAAAAAAGAAUAGCUUUUUAAUCCCAUUAAUCCGAACCGUGCAGCACGGCAACGUGAUGGCUCCUGGUGGUCGUAACGCGAUCGAUAAUCUCUAGUGAAGUUCUAUUGUUUGCCUAGCAGGCGGUGCAAUGUUGUCAUCAAACACACGCAUAUCGAAAGAACAACAGUCAUGUAAAAUAGAGACACGUCAUUUUUCGAACCAAUGACAGGUGCUAAAAAUGUCGAGAAACUUUUUAUUGAACGCAAUCGGUAGAAAGCACCCAAUCGGCCAGUAGGGGCAAAGAUAAGGGGUAAGAGAAAACAAUACACGCAGUGUUCCAGCUGACGCUCCGUGCAUCAAUCAACCAGACAUCACAAUACACGCUAGCACAUAAAACCAAAAUCCGACGAGUCCGUAUCGGUUCCUAAGCUCGUAGGUUAAGUAACGUUGUGUGCCAGGUAGGAACCAGUGAGCGAUUUGAAGGCAUGAUGUGGCUGGGUGGCAGAUGUUUCGCCCUCGCGGCACUGCUGCUCAUCACGCACGGUGUACCGUGGUGUGUGGAUACGACGAACGUUGAUAAGGUAAAGUUACAGGCCCAGUCACCGCAGGACGACGGCGAGGGCGAAAGCAAGGCACCGCCCGGUAACGAACGGGUUGUGGAGAAUGUAGCUACCAACCAGCGCAAGUCGGCCGAGGGGUUAAUCAAGCUAGAUGAUGAGCAGAAGGGACCGGGCAACACCGACCAGGAACUACAUACCUGGGAAAAGAUGGACCUCGACAAGAUCAAGCUGGUGCAGAUAACGGAUUUCAGCAAGGAAAAGGACAGCAAGAAGAUCCCGAGCGUGCUGUAUGACAUUCUGGAGGUACAAAAGGUCAUGAUACAGAACAUCGUGAACGAGAUUGAGGAGAUCGAGCAGCAGCAACAGGGCCGGCAAAGUUCGGAUUUAAUCCCACCGAGCGAAGAAGCUACCGAGGCACAGAUGAUCUACGAACGAGCGUUGGGCGUACUGAAUAAGACGAGAGUUGACCGGCUGCUCGGUCACAAGCUCAUGGUGGAAGCCGCCGGUAAAAGGCACCCGCUGGCCAGAAGCCACGUCGCCUGGGCCCACCUGCUCGGCAGUCCGGUUUCGCUAGAUAUUGAGGCGGCAAAGCAAACAUUUCUGGAACUUGCCGAGGAAGGAUUACCGGAUGCACAGAUGGGUCUUGGGUUUAUGCACGCCGCUGGGAUUGGAUUUAACGUUAGCCAAGGUAAGGCAUUGCUCUAUUACACGCUAGCGGCGGCCGGCGAAAAUCCCUGGGCCCAGAUGGCCCUCGGCUACCGAUACUGGGCGGGUGUCGGUGUGCCAAACAGCUGCGAAACGGCCCUCGACUACUACCGAAAGGUCGCCACAAAGGUAGCGUCGCAGGUCACCUUCUCCGGCGGUGCAGCCGUGCAUCGGAUCCGACUGCUGGACGAGGUGGACAAUUCUGGACCAAGCUCGGGUAUAUUGGAUAACGAUUUGAUCGACUACUACCAGCUGCUGGCGGAUAAGGGUGAUGUCCAGGCACAGGUAGGGCUAGGUCAGCUGCACUACCAAGGUGGUCGGGGCAUACCACUCGACCAUCAGCGGGCGCUGCAAUACUUUAGCCAGGCCGCAAAUGCUGGCAACGCGGUAGCGAUGGCAUUCCUCGGUAAGAUCUACUUGGAGGGCAGCGAUAACAUCAAGGCGGACAACGAGACGGCGUUCAAGUAUUUCAAGAAAGCAGCCGAUCUGGGCAACCCGGUCGGUCAGAGUGGGCUCGGCAUCAUGUAUCUGCACGGCAAGGGCGUGCGCAAGGAUACGCUAAAGGCGCUCAAGUACUUCGCUAAGGCGGCCGAUCAGGGUUGGGUCGAUGGACAGCUGCAGCUGGGAAACAUGUACUACAGCGGGAUUGGUGUGCAGCGGGAUUUUAAGCUUGCAAUUAAAUACUUCAGCCUAGCGUCUCAAUCCGGUCACGUGCUGGCGUUCUACAAUCUGGGCCAGAUGCAUGCAAUUGGGCUCGGUAUGAUACGGUCGUGUCCGACUGCUGUCGAACUGUUCAAGAAUGUCGCCGAACGGGGCAAAUGGGCAGACCGGUUGAUGUCCGGUUACCAGGACUAUCGGUCUUACAGGUUUGAGGAAUCGUUCAUGCAGUACGCACUGCUAUCGGAGAUGGGCUAUGAGGUGGCUCAAAGCAAUGCCGGCUUUCUGCUCGACCGGGAAGAGGUGAACCUGUUUAAGGACCGUGGCGAAGAGCUGGUGCGUGCGCUCCAAUACUGGGGCCGGGCGGCUGCCCAGGGCUAUUCGGCGGCACAGGUGAAACUUGGCGACUAUCACUACUACGGGAUGGGCACACUGAUCGAUUAUGAGAUGGCUGCAUCUCACUACCGCAUGGCUUCCGAGCAGCAGAACAAUGCACAGGCAAUGUUCAACCUGGGAUACAUGCACGAGCAGGGAUUGGGUAUGAAGAAGGACAUCCAUCUUGCCAAACGUUGCUACGAUCUGGCCGCGGAUUCCAGCGUCGAUGCGAAGGUUCCCGUCACACUAGCACUCAUCAAGCUACAGCUUCUCUUCAAGCUAGAAUCGCUCAAAGAGACUCCGUUAAAAAUUAUUUUCAAUCUGGAUGAAAAUAUUGCCUCCAACUGGGAUUUGUAUCUGAUCACGGUCAUAACGAUACUAUGUGGCGCAGGACUCUACUUUAGGCGACCCGUACCGACACAGACGCCAACACCACACGCAACGGGCAAUGAAGUGCCGCUAAGAGGAGAUGUUACUGCUAAUGCUGUACCGGUUUCCUCUACUACGGAUGCUACUUCUACUACUGCUACCAAUACGGCAAGCACCAGUACUACCGCUACCACUGCAACCGCUAGUGACAGCGGAAACCGUACGAACGUUGCAGAAGCAGCCGAAACACGUACUAAUCGCAAUAAUGAUCCUCAUGCAGAUACCACGUUAAAUGAAAACGUCGAAUAGAGAGGGAUUGUAAAGCAAACAUUAGCGUACUGUUUUGGGUACGGGAAAAUGCAAACUAUUGUAAAUAAUUGUGAUAUUACCAUUUGUUUCAAAAUAGUUAUCACACACGUGUAAAAUUACGUAUCACGCUUCCGUAA